GGCCCGCACGCUCGCUCCCGCCGCCCGCGCGUUCCAGACACAAAAAACAUAUAAUCUGUGCGUGUUUUUUGCAAUUUAACACCCGCCAUUACAGUGUGUGUGACUUUUUUUGGAUUGUUCUGGCAACUGGCAUCAAAGCAUACAGCCUUGUGUCAACAAGCGACUGGACCACAAUAACUAUGUUAUAGUUUACAGUUGCGAUUAGUUGCCAGUAGUAUACCGUUCAGAGACUAAUAAACAAAUAGUUAUCAAAAUGGGAUGCAACACGAGCUCCGAAGCCAAAACCGAGCAGGUUAAAGACCAGAAGGAACAAACUAAGGAGAAUAUAGCCAACAAUGCUACAGAAGAGAAGCAAAAAGAAGAAGGCCAAGCUUCAGAAGAGCAGGCGGCGACCAAGAUCCAAGCAGCGUUCCGUGGUCACAGGACGAGGAAAUCAAUGAGCAUGAAGGCGGCAACCAACCAGAGCAAGAAGCCAGAACCCGAGCCGACCAAGGCCGAGCUGGAGGCGGAGUUUAGGGCUGAUGAUAAAGAGCUAUGCAACGCUGCGACCAAGAUCCAGGCGUCGUUCCGGGGCCACCAGGCGCGCAAGGACGCGCAGGCCCAGAAGGACAAGGAGCAACAGGAUAAGGAAGACAUCGAGAAGAUAGAUUUGACGGACCCAGAGCUGAACAAAGCGGCCACCAAGAUCCAAGCCUCGUUCCGCGGACACAAAGUGCGCAAGGACGUUACCAACUAAGGUGGCCAUGUUCGCGGGAAUGGUCCGGACUUCAUACGCACUGUCGAUAAGUUUUGGCAAUAUUAUUUACCUAUCAUAUCUGUCAAACAAUAAAUUCGAGGUUUUAGAAACCUAUAAGAAAUGGAAAGUGGAAUUGCAAAAUUAUAAAAAAUCCCAAGUGAGUGAAGAUAUUAUGUUAUCAUUGGAAUAAAUAUUAAAAUACAUACCCUUAUCCGUUUAGCUAGAAUUUCUAAUUUAAUAAACAGUUGCAUAUGAAGUCGGCAAGUGUAAUAGUUAAAAAUGUAAUCGUGGAUAUGUCAAUUCUUUACUGGUUUUAAUAUGAUUGUCAAUUUCACCUCACUUGUUACCUAGAGCAUUGGAUUGACGUAACAAUGAAUACAUAGUAGCAUAACGGAUAUGAAAUAUGAAAAUAUCUAUCCCGUUUUCUAUUUAAAAAUUACAGUCACAGUAUUUCGUGUACUCAUAAUGGCGACGCUCGGUGGAAACAUAUUUCAAUAUAUUGUUGACUUUCCAAAUUAAUUAUUAUUUUUUUAAAUUCUUACCGAUAUUAUAGUUAGGUUAAAUACUUUUUGCGGAUUAUUAAAAAAAUAGCGGAUUUAGACGACAUAAAUGUGUUCCUUUUUUAAAUUUUAAUUACAUUUCCACCGAGUAAUUCAUACUUAAUUUAUCAGCAUUCCAUUUCUUCUUUCAAUGUUUGUUGAAUAUGUAAGUAUUUAUUUUAGAUUAAACGUAGUUUUAAGAUUAUUAUUGUAGUUUAGAGCCAUCGACAAGCUUCAUUUAUAUUUAAUCUAUGUUCAAUGGAAAUUCUCUAUGGAUUAUUCAACACUAUGGUUUGUUAUCAAUGAAAUAUUACCACGCGAAUUAUGCUGAAUUUUUCCUGUACAUUUUGCUGGAUAAUUUUAGAAUUUAUAUUAAAUUAAAUACAUUUAAUAAUCGCAUGUA